CUUGUGUUUGGAGUCUUUUUUUUUCUCCCUCAUACACGCACGCGCGUUCACAGUAGCAGCUGUAGUGUCAUCGGGGCCUUUGCAAAUCUCACAUCAACACAACAACCAUGUCCGCACCGGGUGCAGAUGGCUCUGGUCCUGCAGGGUCUGGAAGUAACCGCAGACUGCAGCAGACACAGGCACAGGUGGAUGAGGUGGUGGACAUCAUGAGAGUGAAUGUCGAUAAGGUCUUGGAACGAGACCAGAAGCUAUCCGAGCUGGACGAUCGUGCCGACGCCCUGCAGGCCGGUGCUUCCCAGUUUGAGACCAGCGCUGCCAAACUCAAAAGGAAGUACUGGUGGAAGAACUGCAAGAUGUGGGCCAUUUUGAUAGCUGUGGUUGUGAUCAUUAUUGUCAUCAUUAUCAUCUGGUCCCAGUCAUAAAGACAUACAUCUGGUUAUGAUUGGAGGAGAAGUUCAGGAAAUGAAGGAGUGUCAACUUCGGAAAAAAGAGAGAUAACAAACGAACGAAUGAACGAAUGCUCUUCCAGUAUGUUCUAACCUGCUGAUUUUCAAAAGCAUUGUCUUGUAAACUGUCCUCAAUGGGGUUUUUUUAUAUAUAGGUUUUUGUUUUUAAUGACUAGGAUUUGAAUAUGUUUCAGAAAGCCAUUUCCAAAUACAUCUAGCACACUCCUGACUGACAGUGUACAGGUUACAAAAUGGUUCAAAACUGUAACUGUUUAUGAUUUCUGCAUCAUUUGGAGGCCAAAACAUGUGUUGACCAAAACUCUGGUUGUGAAAGCCAUUUGCCAACAUCUGAUCCCAUUGAUGAAUCCCUCAUGGACUCUUUUAGUGGACGGCCGUAAUCAGACACUCUUGUUUUGGCCGUGUCAGAACCUUUCUGUGCCAACAUAAGAGCCUUUCCUGAACAACCACAGACGUGCCUUUAAACAACUCCACUGCCAUUCUGUAACAACAGCACACGACUGUGCUCUGAUUUUACUUAGAAUAUCUGCACAAAAAUGUAAGUUUAAGAUAUUAUUGAAAGAUUAAAUUUUGAAGUGUUAAUUCACUAAUUAUUUAACAACAUUAUAUGCAUUGCCUUAUGUAGAAAUAGUUUGCUAGGAAUUAUCUUUGCUUAACGAGAUUUCAGUAGUACUGAGUUUUGGUGGUUUCUUCACCUCUUGCUCACGGUGCCAAAACUAUGGAGCUUUUUUUUUGUAUGUAUCUCUUUGUAUGUGUAUAAAUUGUAAACAAGUGCAAUUCUAUACUGUGGCCUUACAAACUGUUAAGCCUGUUGAAUUGCCUAUGUUGGCUCAAUAAAACACAGAUUUAACAUAA